AUGCAACUUCAUAACAGAAUUGGUAGGGGAGAGCUGUUCCAAAAAGACGCAACUUUGUCUCCAACUAACGAUACGAGCUCAGCUCCCACCCUCACAUGGCGGACUAGGGGGCUCCUCCCUCUACAUAUUCACAUAAUUCAACUUCUCAUUUCGUCGAUUGCACCAAGUAGCCAACCUUUAUUAGGCAUCAUAACCCAACAUAAUAGGUUGGACCCAUUGGAAGACAUAUAUGUUCAUGGCGUUCAUGAUGCACAACAACUAAUCCAUGUCUUUGGAGAUAUAGAAGCAUUUAUUACCAUUCAUCACACCCGGUUACCUAUGAAGCUCAUUGUCAUUGAUUCCAUUGCUGCAUUGUUCCGAUCACAAUAUGAAAGAACACCGGCAGAUUUGAAACACCGGUGUGAAAUGUUUUUCAAGAUAUCUGGGACAUUGAAGGCUUUAGCAAAUAAGUUUGGGGUGGCGGUGGUUGUGACAAAUCAAGUGGUGGAUUUUAUUGGGCCAGAUCAUGGAAUCAAUGGGGUGAGGUUGGGAAACUUGGAGUGCUUGCAUACACCAGGCAGACGGGUGAGUCCAGCUUUGGGACUAGCUUUGGCACAUUGCAUCAAUUCAAGGGUAUUCUUGGCAAGACAUGAGGGAUCUGUUGGUUUUAACAGUCGUAAUGCUCCUUUAGCAACUAUAUCCAGUCAAACACAUAGGACACCUUGUAUUUGCCCCACAUUUGCCCCAUGCAUCGUCUGA